GCUUUCGAAUGAAAUAGAAAAAUAAAACAGAGUCGUGGAUGAAACGUGGAUUAAGCGAGUGUUGGCUACAUUCAAUUUACAUAAAAAUGUAGUGAGUAUGCAUUUUACAAAAACGUUAUUUCGAUUACGAAAAGUUUAAAUAUUUAAAAUAAUGGCGUUGUAUAAUGUCAAUAACAGUUGUAUUGAAGAACUUUAUAAAAUAUUAUACGAAGUUUUUGGUUAUAGAAAUUUUAGAAAUGAUUUGCAGAGAGAUGCUGUGGAAUGUGUAGCAUUGGGUGAAGACGAUGUCUUUAUAUCGAUGCCCACAGGUGCUGGGAAAUCCUUAUGCUACCAACUACCUGCUUUAUUUAAUAAGAGAAAAGGAGUGACUAUUGUAAUCUCUCCUUUAAUUGCAUUAAUGACAAACCAAUUAGAACAGAUGAGAGCUUUAAAAAUACCUUCAGAAACAUUAAAUUCGACUCUGUCAAAAUCAGAAAGAGAAAGAGUGAAAAAGGAUCUUUGCCAAAAUGAACCGACUAUUAAACUUCUUUAUAUAACUCCCGAACAGGCAGCUACUUUUGGUUUCAGAAAUAUUUUACAUACAUUGUUUGUUAAGAAAAAUUUAGCACGAGUUGUGGUAGACGAAGCGCAUUGCAUUUCUGAAUGGGGUCACGAUUUUAGAUCGGAUUAUUUAAAAUUGAGUGAAAUUAAAGAGAAGUAUCCCGACGUUCCGUGGGUCGCUCUCACGGCCACGGCCUCCGUUAAUGUGAAAGACGAUAUACUGUCCCAUCUUAAGUUUAGAGAGCCUGCCAAGUUAUUUAAAAUGCCGUGUUUUCGACCGAAUCUUUUCUACGAUGUUAUGUUUAAGGAUUGCUUGGAUGACCCGUAUGAAAAUUUAAAAGUAUUUGCAUUACAGGCAUUUGGUGAGAUGUGGGAAGAUGAUCCUCCAGAAAAUAGAAACUGUGGUAUUAUUUAUUGUAGAACAAGAGAGGCAUGUGAAGAAAUUUCAUUCAAAUUAACUAACCUUGGUCUUCUUACAAAGCCUUAUCAUGCAGGUUUAAAAUCAAAUGAAAGAACUUUAACUCAAAAUGAUUGGAUGAUUGGUAAAGUUCCUGUUAUAGCUGCUACUAUAAGUUUUGGUAUGGGUGUAGAUAAAUCAACAGUUCGUUUUGUUGCACAUUGGACAGCAUCGCAAUCGCUUGCCGGAUAUUAUCAAGAGUCUGGUAGGGCGGGAAGAGAUGGUAAGCCGUCGCGAUGCCGUAUAUAUUAUUCUCGUAGUGAUCGUGAAUCUGUUUUGUUUCUUUUAAAACGAGAUUUUUAUGCAGCAAAAACAUCUAAUGAAAAAUCCAAAGCAGAAAAUGCUAUUAAAGCCUUUAAUCGUGUUAUAAAAUACUGUGAGGAAGCAGUGUGUCGACACGUAUUGUUGGCAAGUGAAUUCGGUGAUAAUAUUACAAAUUGCAAAGAGCACUGUGAUGUAUGUUAUAAAUUAAGUCAUGUUGAAAAUAAAAUUAAACAGUUUCAAUCAACUCUUUUUACUACUAAAUUAGGCUACAAAAAACAUACAAAAGAAGACAAUGAUAAUUUAUAUGGUGGUGGACGAAUAGGGAUUAUAAAUGAAACAAAUUCUUAUGAUAACGAUGAUGAUGAUUACGAUUCAGAAGCUGCAGACAGAAAAGCAGGAAAACAACUUACAGCAUUUAUUCAAAAAGAAUUUAAAAGAAGAAAAGUGACACCUUCAUCCAAUAAGAACUAUUCUUCAAAAGAUUCAUCCGUUUUAAAACCUGACAGUAAAUCAAUUCCAGAAGUAACAGUUCAAAUUCGAGAAAAAUAUUUAGAAAAAUUACAAGAAGAAUUAAAAUCUCACUAUGAUCGAGUUAAUAAAAUAUGCAAUUUGCAGUUUAAUGAGGAAAAUUUAUUGGACUGUGCUAAAUCACAUGAAUAUUUUAUUUAUAGCACUAAAGGAAAUAUUCACAUGUAUCGCAGAGAAUUUGUUCAGUUAUUUACAUCAAUCAGAGAGUGUUCAAGUAAAUUUGAAUUACAUUCUUUACUUCAAAAUUUUGAUCCUUCUAUUUGUGUUGCUAAAAAGUACAAGAAAGAAAAAUCAAAACCUAGGUUAUAUACAUUAUUAGAUAUGUUCUCAACUUCUUCAAAAGAUGAUAAAAAAGAUAAUGACAAUGAUAGAACAUCAAAUUCAAGAAAAAUUUCAAGUCCAGAUAUAAGUGAAGAAAAUGAAACUUUGUCUAAUGAAAAUUAUUCAGAAGAUGACUUAAAUGAUCAGAGUGUUAAUUUAUUUUCAGAAUCACCAAGAAGAUAUGAUGAAACAAUUCCAGAAACAUCUGUAAUUAGUUCACAAUUUGAUAUUGAUGUAAAUUCUACAAGAGAUAUGGAAGAAGAAAAAGAAAUGGAACAUAUCAGCAAAGAAGAAAAUUUAAUAUUAAAUUUGAAUACUAAUGAUAAUUCUUCAGAAGGAAGUGAAAAAUUUGAAAAUAAGCCUAUUUGUGAAAAUGAUAAAAAAUCUGAUACUUCUUCAGAAUUAGACAGUACAAUUGAAAAUGAGAAUCUUGAUAAACACACGAAAGAAACAUCUUCCAAACCUCAACCAGUUAUUAAAUACUUUUUUGAAAAUAAGGAGACAAAAGACACUAAGAAAAAACAAGAUAAAAUAGAUUCUAAAAUAUGUUUAGUAAACGAUGGUCAAAGUAAUAAAUUGCAUAGUGAAAAAAAACACAAAGAUUCGAGAAGAAAGAAAACUCAUAAAAUAAAAGUAGUUAGUAUGGAAAAUAAAAUUAAUAAUAGCAUAAAUCUUCAAACUGCAGUAGAUUUAGUUCGUAAGUACUUAGAUCCAAAGUACAAAGAAAAGAAAAUAACUAAAGAAUUAUAUAAGGUGGUAUGUCGAAAGAUAUCACAUGAAUUGGUGGAUUCACAUACUGUAAGUGAAGAAUUUGCUAAAAGUGCCAUAAAUAAACUAUUUAAAAAAUGCAAAGUAAUAAAAUCUGAAGAUGAUCUGAAUAAUAUGCAUAGUUAAACUGUUAGGUAAACUAUUGUUUUUACUAAACCAAAGAAGAUGCUGAUAAAACAAAAUAUAUUUUAAGAAAGCAAAUAUUUGAUAAAAUUUGAGUUAGUGAUAAGAUUGUUAAAGGUUAAUUUGCCAUUUUGAUGUUUUGUCAGUUUGAAAUUUUUUUAGUUUAUUACAAUUCAACCAAACACCAUGGGUAUUUAUUGUUGAGUAGAUUUCAAAUUUGCUUUUAAAUAUAUUUCCAAAAUAAAUUAAAAUUUAUAUAUUUCAAAACAACAAAUACUGUAAUAUCUUCUGUGUAAUAUAAAAACUUUUGAUUUAUUAAUAUUUUUAAUGCUGCUAAUGAAAAUUGCUGCAUUUAAUCAGAUAUGUAAAUCUAAAGAAAAUAUAUAGCAUCAGAAUUUACAUUAAACAGUCAUUUAAUGUAAGUUCUGAAUGAAUAAAAUGAAUAAAAAUGUUGAUUUUGAUUUUGUUUCCUCCCUUCUAAUAUUUGAUUUUCUCAAAUAUCAAAUAAAAGAUGGGAUCUAAAAUAACAUAUUGAACUUAGUUUGUCUUCAUUUAUUGAAUUGAAAGCUUAAACUGAAAAAUAAAAAAUUAUUUCACAUAAAAAAUACUGAAGACAUUUAAAUUCUCUAUAGUAGAUAGAUUGUUUCAUGAGUAGAAAACUUUUUUAUCUGAUUUUUGAUAACUAUUUUUACAUCCAUGUUUUGUUUGAAAGCCAAUAAUAAUAAUAAAUUGACAAUCUUUUGAAAAUUGGAGAUACAAUACAAUAUAGAUUUUAUCUGUUAAAUAUUAUUCCUUUAAAAAAAAAUUUUAAUUCUGCUCUACCCUUAAAGACUAUAAUAGAAUUUGAAAAUUGUAAAAUGAAUUGCAUUCAAACUGUUUAGGAAUUAAUUUUAUAAUUUUAAAAUCAUCUAAAAAUAAAUAACUUUAGUAACCUUAGAGCAGGUGUGUGAACUACUAUUGUAGUCCAUAUACCUUUUAAAUGUUUUCCAUUUUUGUAAAAAUUUGAAUAAAAACUUGGGACCUCAUCAGUAGCUGUCUUUAAGAAUAUGUUCUGUCUACUAAGAAUGUGUUUUUUUAUAAGAAAUGUUUUUUGUAAAAAUUAUUUGAAGUUUGCUAUAUAUGUGGUCCACAUGUCUAAAUGUACAACUUUUUUAUUUAUUUAUGAAAUUAUACAUUUCACUUUCACAUUCUUCAAAGAAACACAUUAUAUACAGGAUCAAAAGUUAUUUUGUACUGAAAAGUUAUUAAAUAAUUAUUUUUUGUUAAACAUAAUAGAUUUUGAUUUUUUUUUUAAACUUGUUGCAUAGUGAUAUUUGACUUCUUUUUUUCAUUGCUAUCCAAUUAAUUAUUGCUUUUUUAAGAAGGAAUUUUUGCAUACAAUGCCAAACAGACUGCUUUGGUCAAAAGCAUAAAUUUUAUCAGAUCAUAAUAGAAAAAUAUGCUGUGAUGUAUGCAAAUUGGCCUACUGUAGUAAUCUGCAUGCCUACAAUUGCAAAACAAUGCAUUGUACCUGUAAAAUUAUUCAUCUAUUCUGAAUUGCACAAACUAUUUAUUUAGUAUCAAUAUAUUUUUGUUUAUAUUCUUACGAAAAAAAAUAGAGAAAAUAGUUGUAUUUCCUUUUGUUCUCAGCAAUCUUGUGCUAAUUCCAAUCACACGGGAACUCUGUUUUUGAUGGAAAAAAUAGGUUUAUUUUCUAUAAUUUAAAAGGAUAGACAUAUUAUAAAUGAUAGAAAAUAAACCUUUUUCCAUCAAAAAGAGAGUUCCUGUGUGAUUUGUUCUCAACAGCAACUUUGUGCUAAUUCUGAAGGAAAUACAACUAAUUGAGAGAAUAGCAAUCAAUCAAGAACUGAGAGAAAAUAUGUUUUAAUAAAUAGUAUUCAAGAGUAUUAAUGAAUAAAAAAGUUUAGAUAUACAGUAUUUGAUUAGGAAUGCCAAAUAUUUUGAAUCCAAAUCACUCUUGAUUCAAUAAAUUUUUCCAUGAUCUUAUGAAAUCAAUUGUUGUUAUGUAUGAAAUGGAAACUGAUUCCAAAUUGAUAUAUGUAAUAGAAUAAUAAUAAUACAUGGUAUCAUCAUGUUGUAUUUGAGGGAUGUAUGCUAGCAGGUACUGCAUAAAAUGAAAUUAUGUGUAAAUUUGUGCUUCAGCUCAAGUAGUCCAAAUGAUUGCCUAGAUGCUCAUGCAACCAUUUACAAUUAACAGAAAAAUGCUAAAAUGAUGUACUUAGGUUUUUACUAUAUAUGCUGAAUUUCAUAAUAAUAAAUUAGUGCAUUAAUAAUUAGAAUUAUUCUUGUGCACUUGAGCUAGUCUUCCAUUUUUAUAAUGUAAUUUCACUAGCAUGUUAUGGUGACUUUUAGCAAAUAA